AUGGCCACACGACAGGAAGUAAUACCGAUUCCUAAUUUGACUGGUUAUGCAUUUGGAGAAAAAUUAGGCGCUGGAUCAUAUGGAACUGUAUAUAAAGCAAGACAGAUAACGACUUCUCAAUCUCGACCAAGUUCAGCUGCAUGUGCUCGUCCCAAUUUCUUUGCUAUUAAAUGUAUCAAUCGUAAAAACCUUACAAAAACUACACAAGAUUUACUUAUCAACGAAAUAAAAUUACUUAAACAUAUUAAACAUGAAAAUAUUGUUGAAAUGUAUGAUUUUCAGUGGGAUGAAAAUUAUAUCUAUAUUGUAAUGGAAUAUUGUGCUGGUGGUGAUAUGUCAAUGUUUAUACGUUCUAGACAACAAUUAUCUGAAGCUCGUGCACGACCAUUUGUACAACAAACUGCUCGAGUAUUAAAAUUUCUUUAUGAAAAAAGAAUUAGUCAUAUGGAUUUAAAACCUGAAAAUAUUCUUUUAACAUCAAUUGAAAAACCAAUAUUAAAAGUAGCUGAUUUUGGUGUUGCACAACAUAUUGGAAAACGAGGUAGUCGAAGUAUUCGUGGAACUUUAUUAUAUAUGGCUCCUGAAAUACUUUCUUCACGUCCUUAUGAUAAUCGUGUUGAUCUUUGGUCAAUGGGAGUUAUACUUUAUGAAUGUCUUUUUGGUCGGCCACCAUUUGUUUUUUCAUCGGUUGAUGAACUUAUUGAAGAAAUUAAAUCAAAUAUUCCAAUUGAAAUUCCAAAUGAUGCUCGUAUCUCAUCCGAAUGUCGUAAUUUACUUGAAGGUCUAUUACAACGUGAUCCAAAUAGACGAAUAAGUUUUCAAGAUUUUUUUCGACAUUCAUUUAUUUUUAUUGAUUUAUCUUCUCAAAUACUUCGUGCAGAUGAUCUUUUUCAAAGAUCAAUUACUUAUGAACAAAGAGAUGAUAUUAAAAAAGCUCUUGACUAUCGAGUAAGAGCAUUAGAUGAAUAUGUGGCUAUUAUUAAAGUUGAUGAAGAUCAUGAUCGAAGACAAAUGUUAAGAAUAAAAGUAAAAGAAGGUCUAGCUGCUGCUGAAACACUUAAAAAACGAAUAUCACAAAAGAAUCUCAAUCUUGCAUCGAUAUCAACGACAGUGUCAUCUUCAACUGAAAAUCUCGAUUUAACAAAUAAUAAAGAACUUUCUGAAGCUUAUCAACAUUGUCUCAAUGGAAAUCAAUUAAUGAAUAUCGCCAGAUUUAGUCAAGCUUGUGAAGAAUAUCAAAUAGGUUUGACUGUAAUGCUUCGUGCUGCUCGAACUGAAACAGAUCCUGCAAAAAGUAAAAUUCUUCAUGAUGUGAUUUCAUUCUAUCUAAAUAAAGCUGAAAUAUGUAAAGAUAAAAACGAAGCUCAACAAUUAGAUAUUGAUAUGGAAAAGAUCAAGAAAGAUAAUGCACUUGAUAACACAAUGUUGAAUGAAUCAAAUUUUAUAACAGAAAGACAACAACAAGCAAGUUCACAACAAAAUUGUUGUCUACAGUGA